AUUACGCGGGACGUCGAAUCGGAAUCGCUGGUGACACGUAUCUCACUCGCUGUUGUGUUGGGGAGUGUGGGGGACGGCAAUGGCGCGUCUCUCGCUGCUGCUGCUGCCGCUGCUGCUGCUGGGCCUCUGUUCGACAAGCCGCGCCGAGGAGAAGCAGCGCGAGUGCCACUACAUCGCGGGCGGGCACGUCUACCCGGGCGAGGCGGUCAGGGCUGCCGUGUCGGAUCAUUCGCUGCACCUGAGCAAGGCGAAAAUCUCCAAGCCGGCCCCGCACUGGGAGGGCACGGCCGUGGUGGACGGCGCCUUCCGUGACCUCAAACUCUCAGAGUACCGCGGCAAAUACCUCGUGUUCUUCUUCUACCCCCUCGACUUCACGUUCGUCUGCCCCACUGAGAUCAUCGCGUUCAGCGACCGCGUGGAGGAGUUCCGCGCCAUCGGCACCGAGGUGGUGGCGGCGUCCGUGGACUCUCAGUUCACGCACCUCGCCUGGAUCAACACGCCCAGGAAACAGGGAGGCCUGGGCCCGCUCAAAAUCCCACUGCUGUCUGACCUGACGCACCAGAUCUCCAAAGACUACGGCGUCUACCUGGAGGAUCACGGACACACACUCAGGGGACUGUUCAUUAUCGAUGCCAAGGGCAUCCUGCGCCAGAUCACGAUGAACGACCUCCCAGUGGGGCGCAGCGUCGAUGAGACUCUGCGCCUCGUGCAGGCCUUCCAGUACACCGACACGCACGGGGAGGUUUGUCCUGCCGGGUGGAAGCCAGGAGCAGACACGAUUAACCCAGAGGAGGCCAUGAGGCAGUGGUGGCCCCAUCACGAGCUAUAAUCCCCGACCCGUCAGGCAAGCUCAAGUACUUUGACAACCUCCACUGAUCUCCGCUGCUCUCGAGGAGAAGAAGAGGAAGAUCGCCUUUCCGCACGGACACGCCGCCCCACCACACCGCCACUGCACCACCGCACCACUACACCACCACUACACCACCGCACCACCGCACCACUGCACCACACCGCAACACCGCACGCUCGUGAAGUUGCAGCAGCAGCUGUCGCUAGCAGUGAGACGGCGACACUCGCCAAUACCCCCAAUACCGGCUGUGCCAUUACUCUGCGAGCGGUGGGGCUCCUGUGUGACUCUCCUCCUAGACCCCCUCCACCCCCUCCACCCCCUCCACCCCCUCCACCACCACCUCCAGCAGCAAGGUCUCGGUUUGCGUGCGGUUAUUUGUGUCAAUUGUUCGUGUUAAUUUUCACUAAUUUAGUGAUGCUGCUGCAACCCGUGACUCUCCCCGUGACUCUCCCCGUGACUCCCCCCGUGACUCUCCCCGUGUCUCUCCCCCCGUGU